AUGAGAACACUAUUGGCCAAUUAUUCAGUUCAAACAUGGGUCAGUGCGUUAACUGGCGCUACGAUUGUUGGUCUUGUUGGUGUUUUACCUCUUUUUAUUUUUCCUAAUGAACAAAGCAAAAAAGAUAAACCGUAUUUGGAAUUGCUACUAAGUGUAGCUGUUGGCAGUCAAUUAGCUGAUGUUUUUUUGCAUUUAUUACCAGAAGCAUUUUCACAUCCACACGCAUCAUCAACAUAUAUUGGUCUUUGGACACUUGUCGGCCUUUUUAUAUUUUUUAUUAUUGAGCAAAUAUUUUCUCAAGUUCAUUAUAAUCAAAAUUUUAAUUAUAAAUCUUGCAAAAUUACACAUCGAAAAAGCAAAGCGACUGGAUAUUUAAAUUUAUUAGCAAAUUUUAUAGAUAAUUUAACACAUGGUGCAGCUAUUGGUGGUAGUUUUGCUGUUAGCCCUUUAAUAGGUGUGACAACGCUUGUUGGAAUUAUAAUUCAUGAAAUUCCUCAUGAAAUUGGAGAUUUUGCUAUUCUCUUACAAUCAGGUUUUGAUCGUUGUCAAGCAACGAAAGCUCAAUUUAUGACUGGCUUAGGAGGAAUUCUUGGCGCUUCUAUUGCACUUUGUUAUUCAAAUUUUCUUCAUAGCACUUUAUGGGUUUUACCUUUCACAAGUGGCGCUUUUCUUUAUGUAGCUUUAGUUAAAACAGUACCUGAUUUAUUAAAAGAAAAUGAUUUAAAACAUUCAUUUCGACAAUUGAUUGGUGUUCUUGGUGGUCUUCUUAGCAUUUAUUUUAUUGUGAUUUAUGUUGGAUAA